AUGCCUGCCAUCCUUGGGCCUCUGCUCACGGCAGCAGCUAUAGUCACUUCAAUCGCGCCGGUAACAGCGUCUGCCAGUCCAGGCACUGUUGGGUUCAACUUCGAACGCCGUCGCGUCAACGCCGAAGACGUCCCACAUCUUAGGAAGCGGGCAUCCGACAAAACCGUACUGGCCAGUCUCACCAAUGAGUAUAUUCUAUACUUCAUCAACGUUACCGUCGGCACCCCAGGUCAAGCCUUUUCUCUUCAACUGGACACAGGCUCUUCCGAUAUUUGGUUCCCCUCUGUGAACGCCGAUGUCUGCAGGCAGGACAUCCAAUACUGUCCGGUCGGCACCUACGAUUCGUCCGCCUCGUCUACUUUUGCGGAACUCAACCUCCCUGAAUUCCAAAUUCAAUAUGUCGACGGCACGGAAAUUGCUGGGUCAUACCUAUCGGAUGUCUUAAAUAUUGGUUCCACACAGCUCACAAACAUGACCAUGGCGGAAGCCCUGACAGCUAACACUCGCGGCAUUGGCAUCAUGGGUAUUGGAUUUCAGUCCGGAGAAGCCGCUGCAUCUCAAAACGGGUUCACAUAUCCCAACGUGAUCGAUGUCUUAAAGAGCGAAGGCUUCAUAAACACUUUGGCGUACUCCCUCUGGCUGGACGACCUGGCAUCGUCAACGGGUUCAAUUUUGUUUGGCGGAGUGGACACGAAUAAAUACCACGGUGACCUAGUCUCCCUACCAAUUCAGAUCGACACGCAAAGCCAGACUAUCUCGUCUUUUACGGUUGCUUGGACUGGCCUUACUGUCACUGCAGCUGGGCAGGUUUCCAAAUUCAAUCCAACUGCUCCACUACCAGUGAUUCUGGAUUCCGGAACCACUGACACACUCUUGCCCGAUGAUAUCGCCAAUGACAUCUUCAAUGGCGUGGGCGUUCUGACUGAUCCAAGCUAUGGCAAUGUGGUAAAAUGCUCACUCGCCGAUGACGACGUGACCUUUUCCUUCACAUUUGGCGGGGCUGGUGGCCCCAUCGUCAACGUGAGCCUGUCAGAAUUUGUCACCCCUCUCCUGACCACCGAUGGAUCUCAACCGACAUUCGAAAACGGAGACCCCGCUUGCUCAUUCGGAAUCGAAGCGGCAGGCGACAACCCGCUCCUGUUUGGUGAUUCCUUCCUUCGCAGUGCGUACGUCGUGUACGAUCUCGAGAACCAGCAGAUUGCAAUUGCACAGACCAACUUUGACGCCAAUCCUAGCGACCAGAACGUCCAAGCCUUCCAGGUCAGCAGCGGUAUCCCAAACGUCGCGUCUACUGCUACUGCGGCAAGCGUCGCACAGACCUUCACUGGAAACCCACAUGUCACAGAGGCAUCGGCUACCGCCACUGGCAGCCUUGCUGGGGGAACUUCGAGGUCUGCCACAUUCAAACUGACUCCGACAAAAAGCUCGGGCGCCAGCAGCACCGCCGACAGCGGGAGCUCGAGCUCGAGUUCAUCCAAUGCCGCGAAUCCGAACCUUCGGCCGGGAUCUAUCCAGCUGGGUGGAAUCACUGCACUGGGCGUAGUCGUGGGCGGCGUAUUGUUGGGUGGUAGUUUGGUACUGUUGUAA